AUGGCCGUGCAAUUCGAGCAUUUUAAUGUCCCCGGAGCACAAGUUGUGCACAGUAAUUCUUUUCCCUAUGGUCUUCAAGUAAAGAUUGAGGAAGGGAAACCACACACUCCUUCUCUUGAAGCUUCAGUGAAGGCAGUCAAGGCACUGUCCGAAUCAGGCCGUUUUUCCGAACUUCUCCAGAAGCAUGGAGCUGUUGUGCUCAAAGGAAUCGGACACCCAUCCGCCGACUCUUAUGCAAAAGUUAUCAACGCAUUAGAGACAGCUCGUGGAUCCAGGCCAUUUAUUCAGAUUGGACUUGCUGGAAAGAGAAAUAUCGUUGCAGAAAAUAUUUGGACAGCCAAUGAAGGUCCUCAAGACCGUCGCUUUUACCAGCAUAAUGAGUAUUCGAGAUAUACAAGAUUUCCUGCCAACAUCCACUUUUAUUGUGAGAAGAAAGCUCUUGAGGGAGGCGAAACGCCCAUCGCGCAUAGUGCAUUAGUGUACGAGAAGCUCGAAAAUUCCAUCCCUGAACUUGUGCAGGAAAUCCAAAAAAGAGGACUGGCAAUGAAAAUGCUCUUCCGUGCACCGGGCAAAGAAGGCACAGGGAACGAGUUCAACUGGGCCGGUGAAUUCAGCUUCGGACAGGAAUUUCUCCCUACUGAUGAUCAAGCUACCAAGAAGGCGAAGGUGGAGAAGCAAGUACGGAAGUUGACUGAUGACUUCCACUGGACAGAGGACGAUAGCAUUGAGAUCACACAGCAUAUCCCAGGAAUUCGACGGGCACCUGCAAGUGGUCACCCAGUAUGGUUCAAUGGAUUGGUUGGGCGAUUUGGCAUCACCCGUGAUAUCGGAGCUCUAGAUCCCCCCUAUAUUGGACGUGACGGUAUGACCUACUUACCAUGUGAAUAUGGUGAUGGAACACCCAUUCCUCACGAACACCUAGAAAAACUCGAGGAGAUUAUUGAUAAGCUAGAAAUCAACCUGAGCCUCGACGAAGGCGAUAUUUUGCUGGUCGACAACUUCCAGGUGUCUCAUGGUCGCAAGCCAUGGAAAGGCGAGAGGCGGAUUCUAGUUAACCUCACCACCACCGCUAAAGAAGGACAGAUUGGCGCUCCGUCCAAUACCGCGGAUAAACAGGUCUUCCACACCGAUGCAGGUGACAUAAUCUCCCUUAUUUGUCUUCAGCCUGCUGCGGAGGGAGGAGAGAGCAAGAUUGCUAGUAGCUGGUUCAACGACCCCCAAAAACCGUACACGAAGAGACCUAUCCUCUAUCAUCAACCGGCAACAGACUCGGCGCCAGAGCGCGUCCUAAUCCAAUAUGCUCGUCGAUAUUUCACAGGUUUCCUUGCGCAGCCUCGCUCGAAGAAUAUUCCACCCAUAACAGAGGCACAAGCUGAGGCAUUGGAUGCCCUGCAUUUCCUCGCAGAGAAGCACAGUGCUACUUUAAACUUUCAAAAAGGCGAUGUUCAAUAUAUAAACAAUUUAUCAAUUUUGCACGCUAGAAAUGGUUUCCGUGAUGAGAAAGGAAAGGAACGCCAUUUAUUGAGACUCUGGCUUCGUGACCCCGAAUAUGCGUGGGAAACUCCCGAACCACUGCGCCCACGUUGGAAUAAUGUGUACGAAAAUGUGAAUGUGGAGGAGCAGGUGUUCCCUGUCGAACCGAGAAUCCGCAAGACA